UAUAAUUAUGUCCUGAUGUGUAUGGAGGGGACAUUUUUAUUGACCAAGAAUUACAAUGUCUCAUGGUUUAUUGUAAAGUGAUGGUUAAUUGAUGGAAGAUGACCAAUAAUUGAUUUUGUGACUCAGUAUACCUGUUACAGGUAAUCUUUGAUGUCUCAGGUGGUGAACUACAUGUAUGUGGGAAUUCCUUAAGUCAGAUUAGAAACCAGGAAAUCGGCUGUAGACUUAUCAUGAUUCAUUUUAUAAAUUAGGAUUAUUGAUAGCAGGUAUCCCAUAGGAGCAGAAUGACCAGUAUUUAUAAACCAUCAAGACAGUGGCUGUGAUGUCUGAAUUAUUGUGUGUCAAGGUGGUAGAACAGAUUUCAAAGCUUAUCAUGUCUAUAGCUAUCACCUCUAUCAGCAACACUCCUGACAAAAUCAUCAACAAAGGAGCAGAUUUCUUUAGAAGGAAUUCCAGUAACAGAGGACUAUUUGAUCGAAGAAGAAAAAGUGCUGUUGAAUUAUUAGAAGCUUCCAAAGGAGAAUAUGUGAAGAGUGUUAGUGUUCUGAAACAGAAACAGGAACUAAAACACCCAGAAAACCUUCAUGUCAGUACCAGACCGAAAAGUAUUGUAUUGGGUGCUGAACCAAGGUCCAAAUCAGAUCUAGGAUUGUCACCAUCAGAUAAUAGUCCAAAAUCAUCAUUAGAGGACCAAUCAACUGAGAAUGAUAUAAAGUCAUCAAAUAGUUUGUCAGAAAAUAGAGAUUCACCUGUUACACAGGAAUUAUGUAGAAAAGUGUCACUGGGAAAAUUGUCUGGCAACAUGGCCGCAUCACCACAAUCUACAGAAUCAAAAGUUACAGAAUUAGACAAACGAAAACCACUAUCAAAAUCAAAAGAUUUCCUGUCACCAAAUGCAUUUCAAUCACUUAGUACUUCAGUGACUGUUUUAGUGGAAAAGCGUUGUAAUGCUGCAACCGACAAAUCAGCCAAUGAAAAUAAAGAGAUGGUGGUCAGAAGAAAAAAGAAACCAUUGCAUCGCUCUCAGUCUGAUCUUAGUGGACGAUGGUCUAGAAACAGUUCAGAUUAUUCUGAUUUGAGUUCACGAGUUUCAAGAACUAGCACUGAGGUGGAACGAUUUUUCAAUGAAAUGGGACUUGAAAGUAGUAUAUUGGAAAGAAUGCGUCAUAAGUUUCAGAUCAUGCAUGUGAAUGAUGAGGAAUUAUUUGAAAGUAUUAGUUCUAUAGACUCUGCAGAGAGGAGUACAUGUAGUGAGGCCUCAAUAGGGGAUAAAGAAAAAGACAAAGAAUUGAAGGAAAGAAAUUCUGUUCAGACUUCUAUAGUUGAGAAAAACGCAAGAAUUAUCAAGUGGUUAUGUAAUGUGAAGAAAGCACGAACAAAUCCAAGAUGUGAGGCACAAUCUCCACAAACAAAGAAAGAAUAGUUUGUUGUGACAGUAAAGACAAAACCAAUCAAAUAAUACAACUAACAAGUCUUUCAUAUAAACCAUAUUAUUGAUGUGAUGAUCAUUGUUUAUAGUGCUCCGUUUGUUACCUAUACGUUUAAGUACAUGCAAUGUAAAUCGAUUUAAUAUCAGUUUUUUUUUCUGAAAAUAGUUUAUUAUGGGAACAAAUACAUAUGUUUUAAGAACAUUUGUAGGUGUCACUUUAUUUGAUAGUCAAACAUUCUGCAUAUAUUUACUAGUUCCAUGUAUUGGUCUACUUUGAAGAAGCAAUCAUAUUAAAUUCCUGAAAUCCUCCAUAUCUCAUUUAACAAAUAAUUGUGUUCAUAUCAUGUUGUUUCUAUAAUGUUUUUAUGCCAAAGUCAUCAACUACAUUUUAGAAUUUCAAUUUUAUUUCCUAAAAAAAGCCAAAAAAAUCAUGAUAUUUUGUUCUGUAUUGCAUUACAAUGGAGAAGCUUUUUGAUAGUAAAUUUAUUAUAAAUUUUUGAGUGACAAAUAUUGGUUUAUCAGGUUUAAAUUCAUGACAUUUAAGAACAAUUUCUGUUCUGCUCACAAGGAAAAUGGUGGAAACAUUCAUCCAGCUUAUGAAUAAAUUUAAAUUUUCAAUUUUAACAUGUCACUAUCACCAGUUAGUUCCAUUCCGAUUAAAAAUAAUCAAACAUUAAGCAGCAUUAAAAGGGGAAUAAUUCAAUCAUGAAUGUACAUAUCAGAAAAUAAAAAUUGAUAUACAAUCAGUGGAAAUAAAACUCUGUGUUGUUUUCAUCUAACACUUUAAAUGUUUUUAGAAUCAUAGUUAUGAGGUUCCAUUUGAGUCAUUUUGCUGUCAAUUUUUAUAAAAUUUGUAAGGAAAAUCCUUAGGAUCCCAUCAGUAACUCUUUGAAAAGACAAUGUAAUUUAAGAAAAGAUAAUACCAUACAAACACAAAUUCCAAUGGUUAGCCAUAUUUUUUAAUUUGAACCUUGACAUUUUUAUAUUCAUAAAAUGACUAAUACCAGGUUAUAACCUAUGGUAUUCAUAUCUUAUUUGGAAACAAUGAAUGUUUAUGAUAAUAUAGUCAGUUUUGUUAUCUUUAGAAGGAACUUGAUUAAGCAAUAAAAUUAAAUAUUCAAAUUCGGAGCCCAAAAAAAUGAAAUAGAAAUUUCUCAUAAAAUUAUUGCAGUAAAUUAUGUAUUGAUAUGCAAGACUUAGAAUACUUUAAAAGUCAUUGGAUUAUUUUAAAGCCAGAAUCUAAAGUCCCAAGCGUAAAUUCAUUGUUAAUUCAAGUUAAUGUGAAGUCAUUGAUUGAAUUUCCAUUAUACAGUAUAUAUAUAUCAGUCUUAAUAUUUGGUUUCAAGAAUGUGAAAAUAUGACUGAGAAAACAUGAGAUUCAGAUGAUGUUGACGAUGAAAUGGUCUCCAGUGAAACAAAAUAUUUAAAAUGCAUGUACAUAUGAUAACACCUAUUGGCAAUAAAAUUGUUUUGUAGAUUUUUGUUUACCAUAAACAGGAAUUAAUUUAUAAAUGUUUAAGUUCAUGUAUUUAAUACCUGAUUUUGUUUUUAAGAACAUCACAAAGAUGUAAAAUAUCAUUCACUGUGAUUCUAAUUUGGACAUUGUGCCUUGAGUAAUGUUGAGUUUAUAAAUACAAUUCUAUUUGAUGUUACCCAAUAAUUGUGUAUUUGUCAGCAUUAUUGUUUUGUUUGUAUGGUGUAAAGCAAAAUAUUCUGUUUCUUAUAUUGCAUAUUUUUUUAAAUAAACAUUAUGAAUAUUUGAUA